UGGAGAGAUUGAAAGUAACUUACGAAAACAACAUAGGAAUCAGACAAGGGGGAUAAAACCUCGUGUUUAUCUUGGAUCUAAGCAUGACGGUAUUUUAAAAAUGUAUGUAAACGCUUGUGAGUUUGAGGUUGGAUUUCUCGAAGUAGUUGGAAGUCCAACAAAAGUUGAUGUAAAAGGUUAUUAUGAAGAUCUUGAAAAAUUAUUUAAAGCGAUGCAAAUUUCAAUUUAUUUUCAACGCUGUCAUCAUCUUAAUCGUAAUGCGAUGGAAGAAAAAUUAUCAUGGAUUCAAAGCUUUGGAGUCCUAGUUUAUCAACGUAAAACGACAAUUUAUGUGAUGCAUCGUUCGAAAGGGGGGUUAAAUCUUGUGGACGUUUUAGCAACUUUUACAAUUCCUGAAAGUGCGGAUCAGGCAUAUGUUCUUGAAGAAAUUAUCAAGAAAGUUUAUUUUUUUAAGGUAUAA